AUGGUGAAGGUGGCGGAGGAGAAUGGUAUUAAGAUCUCUCUCAGGAGGAGGCUUGUGAAGAAGCCACUGGAGAUUGUUGGUGUUGGCUGCGUCCCGAACCGUACCGAAAAACCGAAAAACAUUCGGGAAUACCGAAAUUCGGGAAAGAACAAAUUAAGAUUAAUGCUGGCUCCGGUGGGAGGGAACCGACCUUUUGCAACCUCCGCCGCGCCGAAGAUGAAACAAUUUGCAGAAAACGUUCGUGAUAGUGAGGCUGCUCAGUCUACCAUCUCAAGCAUCUGUGCUCUGCAGCAGCUCAUGCAUGCCCCGAUGGUUGUGGUCGACAAGAGCAAGAGGGAAUCCAUGCAAGAGGUUGACAACCCAGAUGUUGCCGUUAGCUCAUCCGACAAGUUUAUCAACAAAUCUUUCCUCAGGAAGGUUGGCCAAAUUCAGGAGCCCAGCAGCCGAUCCAUGCCUGAUUCAGUCCAGCAUGACCCUUUUACUAGGCCUCGCACAGCAGAGACGCUCAAGACUGCCGGAGUGGAUCCAAGCCGUCACUAA